CACAAACAGAGAGAAAGAACUUCACCAGAAGAACGAAGGGAAGAAGAAAAAGCAUAGGAAAGUUACUUUUUUUUUUUCUGGGGAAAACAUAGAGAAAGAGCUCAGUGUGAAAGAAAAUGGCGUUGUACCUUGACGAAGAAGAGGUUUGGAAGUGUCCCAAACAUCCAUCAAAGCGACGAAGAAGUGGAAUUUGCCCAAUCUGCCUCCGUGACCGUCUCGUUACUCUUUGCCCUGACUGUGCUAACGUGCGCCCCUGUUCCUGUUAUGCCACCAGCUCCUCCUCCUCGUCUUCCUCCUCGUCCUCCUUCUCUCGAUUCUCCGUCGCCGGCGACGGCGUCGGCUCGGUCGGCCGCGUCUACACCCUUAUCGAGCGGGAGCCAGAGCUCCGGCGCUCGCGCUCCAUGGCGAUUCCGUUUCUCCGGUCGCGGUCGCGGUUCUCCGGCGCCGAAAGGGAUUUGGAUCGCGACAGCGCGAGGGAUUCGCCGGCGUUGAACGGGAGCAGGUCGGCGAGGUCUUUCUGGUCAAUGUUCAAGCCGCAAAGGAGCAAUAGAGGCGGCGCGCCGGAGCAGGAGUGGGAGGCGAAAAAGGUGUUGGCGGAGGAACGCGACGGGGAUGUGAAUAGAAAGCCGGUGAUGACGAGGUCCAAGUCGGUGGCGGUGAAGGCAGUUUCCGGCGAUGGAGAAUUGAGACCGCGAACGAAGGGAAGGGGUUGGUUCUUCCCGAGCCCAAUGAAGGCUUUCCGGCAAUCGAAGGUGUCCAAAGUGGUUCAGGAACGAUCUCCUUUGUAUAGAGGUUGAAAUUUUGUAGAUUAAAAAAUAAUAAUAAUAAUAAUUAUAAUUAUAAUAACAACAAUACUUUAUAUUAACCCCCAAAAUAUUAAAAUUUUAUUUCGUUUUAGUACGCUCUUGAUUAUAAAUGCUAGUGUUAUCAUUAUAUCAUAUGUUUCAAGGUUUGGCUGGAAAUGUUGAAUUUGCGCUACAAAUACGAACAGUGACGGAAAUUGUAUUAUUAAUUGUUAAUUAACUUGUAGUCUUAAUGUAUAUCUCAUGCGAUUUGUGAAUGUUCAUCGGAGAUUAUGCACUCUGUUGUAACCUUUUGAAG